AUGAGGAUGGCAGUUGCGGAUGCAGUGGCGACUGCCGGGACGAUCAAGAGUCCGUCACUCCUGCCGCGCGCGCGCAUGCCAUGGAAGCUGCCGACUGGCCGACGCUCUGCUCCGUGUCUCCUUCCGAGAUCAACUGAUGUCCGCGCCGCGCCCCGCUACCGCUACCGCUGCCGCUGCCGAGCCCACGGUUCACCGGGAGGCUCUUGCGCGCGCGCUGUGGACUUAGCUGCCUGCCCGCUGAAGACUCAAGAGCCCCGGGACGGGAACCCCAGCGCGAGGGAAUGCAUGCACCUAGGCACUGGGCACCUGCCAGCGCAUCUGCCCACGCACUGGCCAGGCGUCCGGCAGCCUGGGAGUCCCCUGUGUGUCUCAGAGCCACCUGCCUGGUUGACGUCAAUCAUCGCGUGCGCUAUCGGAAGUCGCGGCCGUGGCUGCCAAGGCCACCCACUUCCUGCCCUGGUGCUGAGCCGGCCCUUCCGGCACGUCAUUCCUGGCGCCAGACCUGGCAACAGCGAGACCGCGGCCGAGGCAGGCACCAGUGCAGCCGUUGCAGGCAGCCUCUGCACUCUGCAGAGCGCAAGACGGGUGCUCCGUACUAAUGCUUCGCAGCGCGGCGAUUAG